AUGUCCUCCUUGUUGUCUUAUGCAGGCUGGUAUUUCCUGCCCUCACUCGUUGCAUCAUGGGUCCAGUCUUUCUACUAUAGCGUCACCAUUCGCGCCGGCGAACCAAAGCCUACUCCAGGCUCACCUCGCUAUCUACGACACAGGCGGAACAUUCAGAUUGGAGUCAUUGCCGUGUAUCUGCUGUACACAAUAUACGAGGCCGAUUGGUCAUUACAGCGAUCUGGCGACUUUUACCAAGACCUGGGAUUGACUCCCGAUGUGGAUGUGAAGGCAAUAAACUCGAAAUUUCGGAAACUAACCCUCAUACAUCAUCCUGACAAAGUUCAUGGGGAUGCGAAAGCGGAAGCUGAGCAAUAUUAUGUGCACAUCAACCAAGCUCGCGAAACCCUCAUCGAUCCCGUGAAGCGAUUCGCCUAUGAUCGAUUCGGUCCGGAGAUUCUGGAGUACAAGCAUUGCAAGACGAUCGGAGAUUAUGUGAAAACCGGCGCAAUGCGGAUAGCGCCAUCUUAUGCUGCGCUGGGGUUCUUGCUGCUCGUGUCCAACUUUCUGGGAUAUUUGGAAGCAGGGCGAUACUGGAGAUAUUUCACCUUCGCGGCCAUGCUUGCGUUCGAAGCAUACACCAUCACGCGACCGACCGGACCAGCGAUUGCCACUCGUGUUUUGAAUCCGCUGUUCCAAACCUUCAACCUCCACGCACCGUACCUGCCUUUCCAGAUUCUUGCACUCGCACGACGGACAGCCAUCGCAAUAUAUAUCGCGUUAUCUCAAAUCCAACCUCUCAUCGCACUCACCUUCAUCAACAGGUCGGGGAGCAUGGCCAGUGAGCAGCAAGUUCAGACCCAGCUCAACCGCCUCGAUGCCCUGACCCGGUCAUACGAUCUGGAAACGUCUCGGCUCCUCACCCUUGAAAUGGCGCCGUUCGCCGAGGACGCGGACCGGCAACGCCUGGUGCGCGAGCAGCUGAAAGAAUGGCUCGUUCAAAACACGAUCCGAUCCGACCCCGAGGUUCGGGACGCGAUGGGAAGAGUGCUGAAGAGAAAACGAGAAGGAGUACCCGCUGGGGCGAAGGGGACGAGAUCACUGCGGAGCCAGAGCACGAGCUAG